AUAACUGAAAAGUGUAUAAAGCUUUGAAAUCUAUCUGAACAAGUGACAAUGAACAUUUUUUCCUCGACUUUAAUAUAGAAAAACAAUUUGUGAUGGAUGCUUCAAAGGAUUGCAAAUUAUUUUGCAAAAACAUAUAAAAGAGUUGAAAAUUUUUAUUUAUUACCAUAUCAAAGAAUACAUCGUGAUAAAUGUAUGAUCCCAACGUAAACCUAACUAAUCACAUUGCAGACUUAAAUCAGAAAUGGUCGGAAAAUCUUCGAAAAUCAAAAGAUAAACUGGAUCUUGGUAAACUUGAUGAGUUACACCAAGAAACAGUAAACCUAGUCCUUGAUUUUCGAUUGGCCAUCCAACCAGAAAACAUUGAAGAAAUGUUAAAUGAGCUCACGAAACUUAAAAAAAUCCUGAUUGAAUGCUCUUCACGGUUUUCCGAUUUAAACAUGGAUGAAUCGUUUGAAACCAUACAUACACUUGAAAAAUGGGACUCAUCAGCAACCGCUGCUCUUUUAUCGGGAAAAAUUGUGGCGCGCUCCUCAAAAUUUGCUAGCAAUUUUGAAAAAAAGUUGCUGAAUGAAGCCGACAACAUUAUAAAUGCUCGCCUUGAGUCGUUAAUAAUUUUAUUUCAAUCUACUAAGUGCACAGAUACUAGCCAAAUGAUCGUGAAUUGCCUGGAAACGUACAAAAAACUUCUGAUUGCUGAGCCAUGUCUUCAAAAUAAGUUCACCUGCAAGACAGUAGAAAACCUCAUCACAAUGCUUCUAAUCGUAACAUGCCAUCGAAGAGAAUUUGAUCAUUUAAAAAGUUUGAUUAAAUUCUUUCCCCAUCAUCGUAAGAUUCAAUUCAUUCUAAAUAAGCUCAAAAAUUGUGAAGAACAAGUGACAAAAAUCCACCAAAACAAAAUUUUCAUUUGCAUUUGCAUUGCACAAGAUUUACUGAAGUCAGAAUAUGAAAAGCCAUUGCAAGAGCAAAACUUGAAGAAUUACAAUCUUUAUGUGAAUCUUAUCGUUGAUCUUGCAAUGCAGGAUAAGUUUGCGAAUGAUGAACUUCGAAAGGUUCUUCUCUCUGCUGUCUCUUACGACAUGAAUGUGCUCAGCUCAUUCUAUUAUUUGGCUGCUGAUGUUUUAAGAUUUAAGAUGCCCGGCAUUCACGACAUUUUAAUAAUUGAACUCUUUAGUAUUGGACUGUCUCAUGAUCUCUCGUAUUUAGAAGAAAUUAAAUACAACAACAUUAAAGAUACGAAUUACUUGAAUCAGGAAUUCAUUUGUACGAACAAACGAAUGUUUAUGGCACUAACAACACUUGGAUCGAUCGUUAAAGACUACAAUUUACAACGUUUAUGUUUUCAAGCUGCUAGUGUUUGUGAAUCCGAGACAAAAUUUUCUAAAACAAUUUUAGAACUUCUUCCUGAAAAUGUUCGUUUAGUUCCUCCUAAAGUAGAAAAUAAAAACGAGGAAAUGGAACGAACACUGAUGAAUUUAAAGGAACAAUUAGAAACGUUCCAAUGUGCCAUUAAAACUGACUUCAACAUCGCCAACAGUUGGGAAAAGUCUUCGUUAUUAUGCUAUGAGAAUUUGGACUUUUUAAAUCAUCGCAUUCGGUUGAGUGAAGACCUUAAGCCGCUUGUUUAUGCUGGCGUUGAAAGAUACAUGAAGCGACCGCGUUUAGAAAGUUCUGAAGAGACUGAUGGAGAAGUUGAUAAGAAGAAAAGUUUGGAAGUCGAAAAGAUUCUCACGGAAAAUCAAUUUUUUACAAAUAAAAUUUCUGAACGCUUCAAAAGCAUCAAAUAUCUGAAUAAUGAUAGUGAAAAUCAAUCAGUUUUGUUGCCAUCGGAAGUCAAAGCAUUCAUCAUUAAAACUUUUAGUCAAUGCUCUGACUUUGACAUCGAUAAAAGUGGAGAAAUCUUCAUGAAACUUUUGUCUGAUGUGAGUUUAGAAAAUUUGAGAAAUUAUCGUCUUCACUGGUUCACAAUCAAUGAAAAUCAACAAAAGUUGAACGAGAAAAAUCUUUUCUUUGAUUUCGACAUGACUCCAAAGCUGAACGAGACUUGUGAUGUCAUGAAAAUGUAUCAAAGUGGAAAUGUUCGUGUUUAUGAUCUCUGCAAUGAUAAUUGCAAUAUUUUCGACAUUGAAAAUGUGAUGUUUUAUGCAAUCAUGGAGAAGAAAAGUCUUUACAUUCCAUCGGAAUUCGUUUUGUUCAAUCGAAAUGAAAGUUACAAGACGACAAAAUGUCAAACACAAGCCGCAUUUAAUUUUUUAAUGUUUAAACAAAAUCCUGAGGGUCGACGAUUGUCUCGAAUCGUUAACACAGCUUACAAGUCAUCGGGAAUGUUUGAGUUUUGUUUGGAGACUUAUUUAUUUGAUUGUGAAUCUGGUCGAUAUAAAUAUGUAAGAAGAAAUGAAAAUGAGAUUAGCACCGGCGAUGUUGAAACAUUUUCAUCACAAAACGAGGCUGUUGAACAUUUAAAGAAACCUCAGUCAUCAUCCAAACCAAAAGGCGGCUAUCCAACAAUCACAACAACCGACACAAGUCAUGGAUCAGACGAUUUCAUUAACGUUUUUCUUUUACUACAAAAUGAAUUGUCGAAUAUUGCAGGAGAAAAAAUCAAACUUGACAUUAACUUUUUCUGUGAUGAAUCGUCGCAGCAUAAAAUUGAUUUCACGCAAUGUACAUCAACAACACUUCCAAUAACAAUAAACAAAGUUCGAAAUACUUUGAAAGUUCCUUCGAUUAGAAUUGAGAAAGAAAUUCCAGCGACAAUUCAUGGCUCGGUUGUUGUUCAUCAAGUUUUCAGAGACAACAUUGUUUAUGAUGAGAACAACGAUAAUCCGAAACUUGUGAUCACUUCUGAAACGACACUCAGUGGAACGAUUGUGUUGAAUUACAUGAGCCACAAUCUUAAAAAUUUAGAGAUUAAAUGUGAUGUAAAUGGAGUGAAAAGUCAAAUAAAAUGUUCAUUAAGAUCAGGAAUGCGUGGAAUGAAAACAUCAUCAGCUUCGAAAGCUCUCGCUGAUGAUUCCAUGAAAGAUCCAACAACAAACUUUGAACCGUCACCAAAGAAAAUUAAAAUUGAAUGUCGUGAAAUUUUAGCAAACUUCUUAAAUUCAAAACAAAAUGAAAAUCAUUCAGUUCAAGAGCGACAGCAAUUGUCAGAUGUGAUCUCAAAUUAUCAUCAACAACCACAGCAAACUUCUGAUACCUCGACGUAUCAAAAUGGUGUUCAUCAUGAGAAUCACCAGGAAAACCAGACAACAAUCCAAAACUUAUCAUCAUCGUCCAACUAUUUGCAAUAUUUAGAUAUUUAUGAUGUAGUAAAGAAAGAGAAUUAUUCGCCAGGUUUCCCUCCAACGACACAAGUUUCAUAUCAACAUCAACAACAAUUUUCUAAUCCAUUGUUUCAAAAUGGUUGUCAAUCUUCAGUUAUUGUUGGUAAUGGUGGUGAUGGGGUUGAUUUACUAACUUCACCUCCACCAUUAGUGUCGAAUAACAAUGUUAUAAAUAUGGAAAAAGUUAAAAUCUUAUCCAACGAUCUCGUUUCACCACCAAAGAAGCCAAGUUUUAGUAAACCGAUUGAAGAAAUCCUCGAGUCAAAUUCAAUUCUUCAUGUUGCUAAUUCAGUGUCGGAAAAUAUUGCAAUAUCGUCUAUUAAUGAUGUUGAGAAUAAAAUGUUACUCGACGAUAUUAAAAGUGAGAUGAAUUCAAGCAUUUCAACUGAAAUCGACUUUGAAGAUGAAAUUACACCAAAAUUUAUUCCAUUUUCAAAACCAAGAAUUGAAGAGUGUAUGAGAGUUAUGAAGGAUGAACUGCCAUCGAAAAGCCCACCCCCAUUACAUUAUCCACCAUCGGCUGUCGUUUUGAAAGAUGAGAAAAUUUCAAAAAAUGGUUUUGAUAUGGAGAAAAAGCGAGUGGAUGAACUUGACUGUUUCGAUGACGAUGACGACGAUGACAAUGAUGAUGAUGAUGAUGUGGUUAUGGAAAUUGAGAGUUCACGCGAAACAAUUGUCAUUGAUCUGACAGAUGAAUUUGAUAACAAUGAUGAUCCUUUAAAAAUACCAAGAAGAAAGCCCGGGCCAAAAAGUGCACAUCGUCGUCAACGACUUUCAGACAUUCAAUCGUCACUUAAUUUAUCUUCAUACAACAACAUGAUGCCAUCAACUGAAUUGGAAAUAUCGGAUGAAGAUUUUAAUACUGACUUCAAUCGAGUGUUGAAAAAGUUUGAAAAAAAGGUUUCGAUUGAAAACAGUUCACUGAAACGUCCAAGAUUACUUUCGAACGAUUCAAUAACAAAUCGUCUAAGCAUGGCAAAGAGUGAAGUUCGACUUUUUGAUGUUAUGGAACAAAUGAAACAACAUGAACCGAAAGUCAACAUGAAUAUAAAGAUUAAUCAAGUUAAAAUGAAACUUCCAUCAAAUAUCAAACCGAUUAAACCAAAUCGUCGAGACUUUCAAAUCCAAAACAUUACAUUGGAGCAACCAUACGAAGACUCAAGUGAAUUCGUUUCCAACUUUAACCAAUCAACAUUCCACAUUGUUUACCAAAAUUGUCAACAGGAAACAGAAGUUGAUCAACAAUCAACAAAAAUCGAACAGAAACCAAAGAAAAAUGUUGAUCAUUCAACUCUUGAGCAAUUACGUGAAUUUGAUAUGGUUUUGGAACAAGUGUUAGAGCGAAGUUCGUCAGAAGCAACUUCAGUUUCACCACCAACACCAGAAAGUCCUAAAAAGACAAUCACAACGGAAGGAAAAAUUAAAACUGAAAUUAAACUUAAUUCAGUUACAAUAACCAGCAUUUCACCUAGCGUCUCACCAUCAUUGAAGACUUCAACUGGAGGUGGUUCAGCUGGUAAAGUAGCACCAAAAGUACAAGAAGAUGAACACACAGCACAAAGAAUUCUCGACAUACUAGCAAAUUAUAAAGAACAAGUUCGAAAUUCUCCUGAUUUAAAUAACAAACCAGCACCGAGACGACGAGCAAAUCCACCAACAAAUCCUCCUGUCGCUAAAAGAAAGAAAGUCAUUGCGUCUGGCUCAUCGUCAAGCAACAUGAAAAGUUCAAAACAAUUCGGAUCAACGUCAGAUAUGAUGACAGAUACAAUGGGAAGUGAAGAAGACAGUUCAUGUGGAAUGGGAAGUGGAGUGGCGUCGACGGGUUCAAUGAACAAUUCACCACAAGCACAUGACAUUGAUGAUCAGACAGAUGUGUCCAGAAAUCGAACAAUUUUAACAUCAUCGAAUGAUGUUUCACAAAAUGCUGCUUUUAAGACAAUUCGAAUGCAAUCCGAAGGAAGUGGCAGUGUUAAUAGAAGUAAUAACAGUUCUGAUUCUUCAACAAAUACUUUCUGUCUUCGGCCAAUACAAACAUUGACACAACAAUGCAAUGAUGGUACGAAGUCAACAUUCACUUCGUGUCAAUCAAAUCUUGUGACUGUGAAGCAGGAAGAAGAUACAAACGAUUCACAGAACAGUAAAUUUGUUAGCGAUAAGACGCUCAUUACUGAAAUCAUUCAACAACAACAGAAACUUUCAACACAUCAACAUCCACAACAAAACUUUAUGAUUAAACUUAAUGAACAUCAACCGUCCGAUCCCAGAAGUUCGUCAAGUAUUAUGUUUGUUCCAAAUACCAGCGAUGAUGAAGUGACAGUGAAGGAAAGUUUCGAUGAAACUCCAGAAAUAAAAAUCGAAGAAAUGGAUUACGACGAUUACAUGAAAGAAGAUGUUAUCGACUUACUCAACGAUGCCGAUGCAAUGUCAAAGUCACCGAUGCUUAACAUGAAGAUUGAGAAUAAAUAAGAACCGUCGCUGUCUUCAUUUUUUAUACUUUAAAUCUUAAUAAGUAUUUAAAAGACGCAAAUUAAUUAUUUAAUGUUCAGAAACAACGAAAAAUUGAAAAAGAAAAUUAAUAAUAAUCGGAGAUGUUUGCUUUAAAGCAUAAAGCAACAUAAAUUUAUAUGUAAUGGUUGUGAGUAACUAUAAUAAUACGGUUUAGCAAACAUAAAUACUGAAGAUGAAAUAUUUAAGUAAAUUCUUUCUCGUCUUAUCGCUAUCUACAAUAGCUUCAUAGAAUUCUUGAAUAAAUUUUGAUAUUCUCGGUAUUUAGAUGAAGGCAACAUCAACUUCACUUGUCUACUCAUGUAGAGAAUAUAAAAAUUUAAUCUUGAAACAUUUAAAAAAAGAAAUUCACAUCCGGUUUGAUUCAUUUACAAAUAAAAAUUUU